UCAAAACUUCCAAACUGCAAAUACCACUGAUUUUUCCCACCAAAAGUAGCAGAAAAUAAGGUAAAAGAAGAGAAAGAAAUGGCAACAGCCUUUCUCCCAACUGCAAGCACCUUCCUUCCUUCUCAUCUUUCCUCUUCUCCAUCUUCUUCCUUUUCCCCAUCAGUCUUUUUCCCUUGCAAACAACACAAUGCAAAGAGAAAUGUAGCAAUAUGCAAGGCAGUCAGUGAUUCAACACCAAUCUCUCCAAAUCUUACCAAACGGGGCCUUUCCAUCUGCUUCAUCACCAGCUUUUCCCUCUUGUUAGCUGGUAAAGGCUGCUCCGACGCUAAUGCAGCGAUUCUGGAGGCUGACGACGAUGAGGAGCUCUUGGAAAAGGUCAAGAAGGACAGAAAGAAGAGGCUUGAAAGACAAGGAGUCAUUAGCUCAUCUAACAAAGAAACAGGGUUUCUGCAGGAUCUGGUGUACAAGCUGAGCAAAGUUGGUCAAGCCAUUGACAACAACGAUCUAUCUACAGCUAGUUCAGUUCUUGGGGGAAGCACUGAUACAGAUUGGGUUAAGAAGGCCAAUCUAGCCUUCACCAAGCUGAGCUCUAGUCUUGAAGAGAAAACUCAAGUGGAUACAUUUAAUUCUUCACUAGCUUCAUUGAUAUCAUCAGUUACUCGUAAUGAUGUUGAGUCCUCCAAACUUGCUUUUGUGUCGUCAGCAAGUGCAUUUCAGAAAUGGACAGCCUUAACCGGGCUUGUCGGACAGCUUAAGGGGCUUUGAACAGGGAUAGACCACAAAUUUUCUUUUUAAUGAGAGGAAGUAUUGAAGUCAGAUCAGAAUAAAUACCUUACAAUUCCACAUCAACAGGCUAUUAUUCUUUCCCGCGAGUUGUAAUUUAUUGAUCAGUGUAAUUCUUUCAAAUUUUGACAUCAUCAUCCCUUGCACUCGGAUAAUUGAAGGGAAGUUUGUUGGUUUUGCUGAUCA